AUGGAUCCGGUCUCCAUCGUUGGUGUCAUUGGAGGGGCCAUUCAGAUCACUACCCUAAUUACCAAAACGGUCCAUGGCCUCUCGACACUACACGGCAAAUACAGAAAUGCAGACUUCACACUCAAUUCCAUGAUUGUUGAGCUGCUGACAAUCAAGGCCGCCAUUUCUCAGCUUGAUGAAUUGGCCAAAUACAAUUCAAAUGGGACUCCAAAGCACCCUGAAUAUAUAGACGGGUUGGAUGUCGCCAUCGACGGCUGUACCGCUGUGAUGGAUGUUCUCUCCGAAGAGGUUGCGCAAUUGACACAAGCACCAUCGGAUGAUGAGGAAGCUCAACCUCUGCGCCUCUGCGCCAAGGUCAAAGUAUUGUGGAAUGAGGGCUUGAUGAAAGAGCACGCUCAGAGACUGCAUGCCCAGGUCCUUGCAUUGCAAUUACUUUUACAGGCAUGCUAUUGUCGCACAUCGUCAGAACAACUUAAACUCCUUCGAAGACAGGAAAACCGUAACAUUAUCAAAAGAGUUUCGGAUGACACUGCAACAUUACGCUCGUCAAUGAGCGCAGCAAAUUCUCGAACUGACGAAACUGCUAGCAGCAUUAGAGGAUCGUGCACUGGGGAUACUGUGUUUGAAUUUGAUCAGAUUCUCAUCAAUGAGGCCCCCUAUCGGCGUGCUAUGCUAAAAAGUCAACGGGAUACUAGAAGGCAUGUCGUGUUGCCGGAACGCCAUGAUUCUAGGUCGACUACAAUGUCCGGAACCGAUGAAGGAUAUGCGAGCGGGACAGCUAGAACAAGGACUCCAAACCGGACCCUGUCAAGCUACUUAAGCCCUACGAUUGGCGAGUCUAUUGGCGAGGACUCGUUGGGAGCCCAACCUUCCACCUCGGUACAACGUGAAGGCCACAUUUCAAGACGUCAAACUACCUCAUUCGGUCGAUCACUUUCUUUCAACAAUAAGGACAACGUACAACGCUCAAAGUCCGCCGCAUCGACUUCUAUACAAAAGUCCUCCGGAUCGACAACGGACAAACUUCGGUCUGCAUUGCGACGAUUAAAUACCACAAGCCGCGCUAACUUGAGCGUAAGGGCGUCUCCCAUCACAGGUGCUUCCCCAACUUCUGGAUCAGCGAAGCAACGUAGAAAUCGUGCCAGUGAAUCGAACAUUAGCAUUAACUUAACAUCGAUGGACAGUAUAAUGCCUCCCCUUAUUGUGAAAGCCGCCCAAUCUGGUGCGACGCUCGAAGUAGAAAAUUUCAUCAAAAACGGGGCAGACAUAGAAGCGCGCCAUGCCGAGACGGGACGAAACGCCCUGCUUGUUGCCGCACAUUGUGGCAAAGACGAUAUCGUUCGGCUGCUAAUCUACCAUAAUGCAAAUAUUGAUGUCCAAGAUGCGACACUAUCAACGCCUUUGCAUUUAGCAGCAUCGAGAGGUCAUACUGGUGUUCUACGUCUGCUUCUGGAAGAAGUCGCUGACGUGGACUUGAAAAAUACCAAUGGCAUGACAGCUUUUUGGCUUUCUGCAGCUUAUGGCCACACCGAAGCAGCUAGGAUGCUCCUUGCCCAUGGAUCCAAGAUUAAUACCCGAACCGCGGAUCAGAUGACGGCAUUACACGUUGCUGCCAAGAAUGGCGACAAGGAAAUAACUGCUCUUCUACUCCGCUAUGGAGCUGAUAUCGAAGCGAAAGAUGUAAAUAUGAUGGCUGCCAUUCAUCAUGCUUGCGAGGGAGGCCAUGUGGCAGUAUUAGAGUUGCUCAUCAACCAGAAGGCGAGCGUCGAAGUUGUUGGGGCCCACCAAAUGACUCCCCUGAUAUGUUCAGCAGCUACUGGUCACUUUCUAACUACCGAAUUCUUGCUUCGAAAGAAAGCACUUCCUCGGAGCAAAGAUGAACACGGUAUGAACGCAGUCCACUGGGCGGCUUUUAAUGGACAUACGGAAAUUGUUGAUCUCCUGCUUCAGAUGAAGGCGCCUAUCGGUUCACAGAAUUCUCAAGGACGAACCCCUCUGCAUCUAGCUACAAUGAAUAAGCAGUUUGCGGUUGUUGAAUUUCUGCUUCGCAAAAACGCUCCACAGGAAGUUAGAUGCCGUGAGGGAUUCACCUCCCUGCAUUAUGCUUGUAAUGCAAAUAGAAUAGAUUUCGUACGGCUUCUGGUGGCUUCGGGAGCCGAUAUAGAAGCACAGGUGGAUGGUCAUCAACACCGUCCGAUACAUAUUGCUGUCUCUCUUGGUUCUCUUCAACUGACCAGGUUUCUGUGUCAGAAAGGAGUCUUUGUUGAUUCGGUAGAUUCUGCAGGCAUUAGACCUCUUUGUAUCGCUUGCAGGCACGGGAAUAUUGAAAUCGCAGAAGAAUUACUUAGGUGUGGCGCCUUGGUGCGUAUGAACCUUGCUGAUAGGAUGUUUCAAGAUUCUCCGAUUUGCAUUGCCUCGGAAGUGGGACACGCGUCUAUCGUAUCUCUCCUGCUCGACAAUGGCUCAUCCCCAGUUGAGAAUGAUGAAAAGGGGUGGAAUCCAUUUCUCUAUGCUGCCCAUUACGGUCAUCCGCAGGUACUUGAGAUUCUCUUUAGCCACCACCGCCUAACUGUGGGUACUAGAGAAUUCCACAAGUUUAUUGAAAUGCGAUUUGCACACAACGUACCGAUAUCUCAGGAAAACAAAAAAAAUGUGGAGAACAUCAUUCAACAAGUGAGAGACGGCCGUCUGACACUUCCCCAAAUACACCAUUACGUUCCACACUCACCUUAUACCACCAUACCGGAUAUCAUCCAAAACCCAUGGCAGCCACAGGAUAUAUCAGCUACACCGAUGUAUGCUGUCCCCGUCCCACCCUUUCCAGUGCGCUCUUCAUCACCAGCAGAACUCGCAGACACCACUGCCAAGGACAUUCCCCAUCGGCACCCCGGAGAACAAGGAAGGACCCAUGACUCUGGAAGAACGACAACGUACCUAGAUGAUAACACAAUUCCACGCUUGAGGGGAGUAGGUGACACGGAGGCCAAUCUAACAAUACCAAUACCGACGCCGGGCCUAACUGAUCCAGAAAAUGAAACGCCUUCCCGUUUAGAGGCUCAUAGGUGCGUUGGAGCCGGAGAUGACGGUGAGAUUCCCAACUGUACAAAGGCUGUGGGUUCAAUGGCAAGAAAUCGGCCUGAACAAAUGCAACCUGAUGUUGGUAGAGAAUUAAUCGAUAGUGGCGAGGACGAUGAUGGUGUUUCAGAUACGGAUUCCAUAACUACUGUUUUCACAGCAUUAGAAUCUCCAGGAGGGCAACUGAGCCAGCGUAUCGAGAUUUUUGAACUGGAAGGGUAA